AUGGCUUUACGCUUCCGCAGUUUCAUGCCAUAUGCCAUACCUGGAGUGCUGGCACUUCUUAGCUGCUGGUGGAUCUAUGCCCAUAGAAAAAAGCAUGCAAGCUAUCACGACAAACAGGCAAUAGCCAUUGAAGAAGAGCACCUGGAAGAAGUACCAGAGAAUGAUUCAACAGCCGGAACAGAAGCACAUGUUCCUCGAAGACUGCCUGUCUCAUCUGAAGAGGAAUGCCCAGAGAAUGAAACCUCGACCUCCCUGCUGUCAGCAGGGUCGACGACGCCCUCUCUUCUGUGUCGAAGUCACGAGAGGCUAGAUCUCUCACAGGACCUUCCAGACCUGUCAGUAACGACUAUUCAGCCCAGCACCCUGGAAGACGACAGUGAAAAACUAGAAACAAUAGGAUCUGAAGAUGAAAGCAGCAUCCCUGCUUGUGUUUCUCUCCCUCUGGUCUCAGAGAGCGCAGAGUGUCACGGCAGUGCAGCAGUGAGCCUCGUACAGGAUUCGGGCUCUAGUGCAAACCAAGACCGGUGGCCGUCAGCAUCGGUGACACUGACACAAAAGCCCUUGGGAAUCACAGAGAACAGCAACGCAGAGCAGUCAGAUGAUUCUUCACUUAAGCCCCCUAAGGAAAGCAAGAUGCCAGAAACUGUGCUGUCGGAUCCUGGCUCUGUGACAGCCCUCUGCUUGGGAUGGGAGAAGGAAGCCAGUACCCCACAAGCCUUUCUCAAUAGUGAAACUGAAGUUGUAUCAAGUCACAAGGAUUCUGCCGUGAGCGUGUUACCGGAUAGCUUGGAGCCUGCCUGUCUGGAGCCGUCCAGGGAGGAAGAGAUGUCCGAGCCAAUUGCCAGUACUGUACCUGUGUGUCAGGAGGAGGACGCACAGCCAAAAGAAGAUGAACUGGAAAGAGAGAAGGCGGCCAGUGUUGUUUCCUCUGAUCAGAUGCUCGUGCAGAAGCUGCGGGAGCAGAUGGGAACGCUGCUGCGAAGGGUGAUGUUCGUGUGCAGCGAGGAGGUGCUGUCUGGUUCUGCAAGCGAUGGGUCCACUCGGAUCUGCCAGGCUGCUGCCGGCCGAGUUGAGAGACCUCUGGAGAUGGCCAGCUUUGUUUCCUCCGAGGUACUUGUGGAGGAGGCUACGAGAGCAGAUGAGAACACUGCUGUAAAGAGUGAUGCUGUGGUACUGACAUCCCUGCAGACAGGGGAACAGGUUCAGAGUGUGGCAGGUUCCAGCUGUUUAACACACGGCUGUUUAUCUGGCCCUGCUCAGGGAGACACAGAAGACUGUCGGAUGAAGAACCGUGUGUGCAGUGAGUCCCGAGGAGUUGAUAGGACUCUUGUGGAAAACCAUGGAGAGGCACUGGAAAAGUUGCCUUUGGUUAUGGAGGACUCUGUGUGCAGCUUGUAUGCAUCCGAAGGUGGCACAAGUGUUGAGGACGCGUUGCAGAACACGAUGCUGGCUGUCGCGUCAGGCCAGCAUUUGGUCUCGCUGAGCAUAUCUGCCAUCCAAGACACGUCUGCUGAGCAGAACUUAGUACCGGGUGAAAAGCCUCCUACUCUGAAGCUACUUGAAGACAGCGAAGUACCGUACAGUAAUGGGAUACUGAAAGAGGAUGGUCCAGACUUGUGCCAUGGGUGUAGCAGGGCAGCAGGGAUGGAUGAAGAUCACUCAGGAGGUUUGGAGAUAAAUAGCGUGGAAUUUGUGGACAGUGGCUGUGCCAUGAGGAAGACAGUGACUCACCAGAACUGUAAGCUAGGAAGAAAAUCCAGCAAUUCUGACUUCAUUAUCUGGGAAAUAGAGGUCCCAAAGGAGUUAGUUGGCCGCUUGAUUGGCAAACAAGGAAGAUAUAUGAACUUCUUGAGGCAAGCGUCUGGUGCCAAAAUUUAUGUCUCAACACUGCCUUAUUUCUGUGACUCCCAGAUCUGUCACAUCGAAGGCUACCCAGAUCAAGUAGAAAAAGCACUGAGCCUGAUUGGCAAGAAGUUCAAAGAGCUGUGUCUCACCAACAUCUACGGUCUACCUCCGCCGACACCAUUGACGCUUCAUUCCCUCCUUAUGACUGCCUGGCUGUUCCUCCCGGAUGGAGUCACUAUAGAGGUGGUCGUGGCAAACCAAGUUGAUGCAGGGCACAUGUUUCUACAGCAGCAUACACACCCCACGUUCCACGUCCUGCGUAGCCUGGACCAGCAGAUGUGUGUCUGCUAUUCUCAACCUGAAAUUCCAACCCUACCAACUCCAGUAGAAGUUGGUAUUAUCUGCGCGGCUCCAGGCCUGGAUGGGGCGUGGUUACGGGCUCAAGUUAUUAGCUACUUCGAAGAGACUGAUGAAGUGGAGCUCAGAUACGUGGACUAUGGAGGAUAUGACAAAGUGAAGAUCAACACACUCAGACAAAUCAGGUCUGACUUUUUAUCACUACCUUUCCAAGGAGCGGAAGUUUUACUAGACAACGUGGUGCCGCUUCCAGAUGAGGAUCACUUUUCAUCUGAAGCUGACGCGGCUGUUAGAGAGAUGACCAGAGGCGCAGUCCUGGUGGCACAGGUCACGAAUUAUGACAGUGCGACAGGUCUGCCGCUGAUACAGCUGUGGAACUUGAUGGGAGAUGAGGUGGUGUCCAUAAACAGAACUCUGGUGGAAAGAGGAUUUGCUCAGUGGCUUGACUACUAGCAAUGUCCUAGAUGCCUCGAC